AAAAACGCCUCGCGUAUCGUUAAACGCAUAACACAAAACAGAAGCAGGCGGCAACAACAACAAAAGCAACAACAGCAGCCGUCAUAGCAACAAAUACGUAAAAGCGUCUAAAAGCGAGCAGCAGCCCUCUUACAAAUUGAUUUUGUUUUUAGGGGCAGUGGCGUAAGUGCGGGGGGGUGCGGUUAACGCGUAACGGUGUAUUUUUGGCCAUAAUAACGGCGCUUCAAUUGCCAGCAGCAUUUGCGCGAUCAGCGCUUAAGCCAAGAUGAUGUUCACUCGCGCCCAAGUGCGCAAGAAGACAAACAGCUCGAGCAACAGCAGCCAGCGACCGCGAUCCGCUGCCCUAGCGCGGCAUGAGGCUCGCUAUAAGCAAAGCUCCUCCAGCAGCAGCGGCGCUGGCAGCGGCCUUAGCGGCUCCAGUGCCAGCGCCAGCGGCACGCGUCGUGAUCGUGAGCGGGAACGUGAACGUGACUGUGAUGAGCACUACAAUAGUCACUAUCACUAUGGCAAACAGCAGUCGUUUGAGCUGCCGCGGCAACACUCCAAAGAAGAGGCCUACAUACGCGACAGAGACAGAGAUAGAGACAGAGAAAGUGUUGCGGGCAUCGUUGGUGUGGGCUACGUAGAGAGACGAACGAGGCCACGUAGCAUUACCAAUCGACGUGGCGCCAUUAAGCAUCAAAAAACCCAUGAGAUCAAUGGACAUCGCUUUGUGGCCAAAUUCUUUCGCCAGCCAACAUUUUGCGCCUUUUGCAAUUUGUUUUUGUGGGGCUUUGGCAAGCAGGGCUAUCAGUGCAUAACUUGCCAAACGGUGGUGCACAAAAGAUGCCACGACAAAUUGCUGGGCAAAUGCUCCGGCUCGGUGUUUAACUCAGCCAGCACCAUACUGCUGCGUGAACGUUUCAAAAUUGAUAUGCCACAUCGAUUUAAGCCACACACAUUUAUGUCGCCGACAUUUUGUGAUCACUGUGGCUCACUCAUGGGCGGAUUCUUUAUACAGGGGCUCAAGUGCGAGGAAUGUGACGUGAAUUGUCACAAGAAAUGUGAACGGCUCACGGCCAAUUUAUGCGGCGUCAAUCAGAAGCUCAUCGUCGAGGCACUCAACCACGUAAAGCGAGGCGCACGUGAUGCACGCGAUUCACCCAGCACUCCGCCCAGCUGCAAUCCGGCGUAUAAAAUAGAAGCAAAUGAUGAACACGAUGAAACAUCAUAUACAUAUUCACAAUUCCAAAAGUCCGGACGUUUUACGGCGCCAGCCACAGUAAUACCUAGAUUUAAAAAUUAUUCUGUAGAUGAUUUUCAUUUUCUGGCCGUGCUGGGCAAGGGAAGCUUUGGCAAGGUGCUGCUGGCGGAGCUGCGUGAGACGACAUAUUAUUAUGCGAUAAAAUGUUUGAAGAAGGACGUUGUGCUGGAGGACGAUGAUGUGGACUCGACGCUAAUUGAGCGCAAAGUGCUUGCAUUGGGUACCAAGCAUCCAUAUCUAUGCCAUCUGUUUUGCACAUUUCAAACAGAGAGUCAUUUGUUCUUUGUAAUGGAAUAUUUAAAUGGUGGAGAUCUCAUGUUUCACAUACAAGAGAGUGGACGCUUCUCGGAGGAACGUGCGCGUUUCUAUGGCGCCGAAAUAAUCUCGGGACUGAAGUUUCUACACAAAAAAGGCAUCAUAUAUAGGGAUCUCAAACUGGAUAAUGUGCUAUUGGACUAUGAGGGACAUGUGCGCAUUGCCGAUUUUGGCAUGUGUAAAUUACAAAUAUAUUUGGAUAAGACCGCAGACAGUUUUUGCGGCACACCCGACUAUAUGGCGCCCGAAAUCAUCAAGGGUGAGAAAUACAAUCAAAAUGUGGAUUGGUGGUCAUUUGGUGUGUUGCUCUACGAAAUGCUAAUUGGCCAAUCGCCAUUCAGCGGCUGCGAUGAGGACGAACUUUUCUGGUCUAUAUGCAAUGAAAUUCCAUGGUUUCCCGUUUAUAUAUCCGCCGAAGCAACGGGCAUACUCAGAGGCCUAUUGGAAAAGGACUAUACGAAACGCAUUGGCUCACAAUAUAGUCCAGCUGGUGAUAUAGCCGAUCAUAUAUUCUUUAGGCCCAUUGAUUGGAAACUGCUGGAGAAACGUCAAAUCGAGCCGCCGUUCAAGCCGCAAGUGAAACAUCCUUUGGAUACGCAAUACUUUGAUCGCGUUUUUACGCGCGAACGCGUGCGUUUGACUCCCAUAGAUAAGGAGAUACUUGCAUCUAUGGAUCAGAAGCAGUUCCAUGGCUUUACCUAUACGAAUCCACAUAUUACAUUGGACUAAGUUUAUAUUCGUUUGUUUGUUUGUUUGUGCUGGGCAUAUAGCAACAAAUAUAUUAUAUUAUAUUUAUAAACUAAGCAAGCGCGCGCACAGCAAUAAUUUUACUUAUAGAGGCAACAGUAUUUGUAUAUUACAUAUGAUAUUUUGUUGUAAGUGUGUAUAUCCGAACUGUAUAACACACACAAUGUAAUUUUAAUUAGACUUAAAACCAAAACCAACAAUGCAAAGCAAAUGGAAAUUAUCUAUGUCGUAUAUGUAAGUAUACAAAAAAAUAUAUAUAUUUUUAAAUUAAUUAGCGCGUACCCAUUGUACAUACAUACAUUAGCUA